CACUGUCACGUGUCACUGUUGUCAGACGUCAGUGUCAGUAUCAGAUUGUGACAAUUGUUGAUUGUUUUAGUGCCGAUUUUAUUUGGUAAAGAAAACUAAAAUAAACCGGAAUGGCUGAAGUUGAUACAGAGCAAGAUAUAUUAGAAGAUUCCUUGAGCAAUAUAUUCGAUCAAGGAAUGAAAUUGUAUACAACUGUAGAAACAGUCAAAGAACCUAUGAAUAGCGACAGUGUUCAGGUAACCAUAAAAACUGCAAUAUCCAAGUUCGAGAAGGCCACGAAACUAGUGUCACUUUCUGGAAUGUUCAGUAAAAAUGAAAAGUUGGAAGAGCUGCCUACAGAAACAUUAAAGUACAUGCUAUUACCUGCAUUACUUGGCACCCUAACGUUGAAAAUUUGCAGACCGUCCAGAAAAGAUAUUAUCGAAGUAGCGGAAAUAUAUUUCAAAGAUUUUCUUCAAAGAUGCAAAGACUAUGGGGUCACAGACGUGGAGAUCCCACAAUUAAGUGAUAGCAACAGUUCCUCAUCUAGACCACAGAGCCAGCAAGAUAUAAUAGCUGCAAUGGUUCAAAGUAGAGAAACUAAAAUAAAACGAUACAAAGAAGCAAAAGAGUUAAAAGAGAAACUCGGUACAUUGUCAAAAGCUAUGUCAUCACCCAUUGUUGAUGACGAAGUUAAAAGAGAGUAUUUUCUGACGAUGUUACAUAGCUACGUCAAUGAGGUCUUGGAUGAACUUAGCAGUAUUGAACGGGAGAAACCUAUACUGGAAAUGAUUAGUUGUUCUGGUGAAGUACCAUCAACAAAAGAAAAGCCCAAAGCCCGUCCGUUGAAGCCAGUGAUAAUAACGAGAGAUGCAGUGCAAAAAGCUGUGUUCGGUAUUGGUUACCCCUCCAUACCUACGAUGACAGUCGAAGAAUUCUAUGAUCAAAGGGUGCGAGAAGGAACGUUUCCUGGUACAAGCACAAACAUACCCCACACGACGAUAGAAAGCACGGGAGACGAUGCUGACGAAGCCGAGAAAAUACGAAAGGAGCGCUUGGUGGAAGAGGACGACCCUGAGGAGUUGGAGAGGCAGCGCAACAUGGACGAGUACAAGGACGAGCACCGGCGCGGCUGGGGCAACCGACACAACAGGAGCUAAUUUGUUAAUUGAAGACACGAGUGCAUGAAGGGGAUAUCGUCUUCCCGCAUUAAAACUGUAUAAUCUCAAAACGUACCUACUAAUUUUACAGGAGAGUCUUUUAAAGGUUUAACAUGUGAUAUUUUUAAUAUUAAUAAUCUUUGCAACAUUUAUUUUUUUAUAUUUUACCAGUUAAACUAUCUGUCUUAUAAAUUAAGAUAAAAUUAUGUAUUAAUUUUGUUAAUAGUAGUCAAAACAUAGGUACACUAAAAAAAAAAAACUAAACUACACUCUUUUGACAGUAUUUAUGAGAAAAAUACUGGUGAUACCAAAUAAUUCCGCAUAUUAACUCAAUUUCGAAUAUUUUUGGAAAUUGUACACUUUUGAUACGAAAAGACGAUAUUAUGAUAAUUUUUGAUAUGUUAAUUUUGGAAGAAACAGCCAACAAACUUUUGUUACUUGUACUUUUCUUCGUACUUAACUCCUUUAUCAUAUGCAAUUUCUAAAAAUAGCCUUUAAACCUAGAGUUUUCAGCUCUAAUAUGGUUUAUAGGUACAUAACACCUUCAUUUAAUGUAAAAACUCAAAAAUCUUAAAAAUGUUACUUAACCCCUUCAUCCACUCAUGUAUUCAAUUAUUUAUUAACACAUACCGAUACUAGUCGAGACUAUCUGAGGGCCGUAAGCAUUGGGUGGAAGAAAAAUGAAAUUGUUUCUAUUCUAUUCUAUUCACUCUUCUCUUCUUUCUGAAUUUUUUUAGUUGGUUUAUUAUGUUAGUUAUAUGCGGCGUAAAUGGUAUGUGUGACGUCACGGUGUACUUUGCAUUCUGUCAUCUUUUGAACAUAAUAUGUAUAUGUAGUAUAACAUAGACAUCUACAACGUAAAUGCCGCCACCCACAUUGAGAUAUAAGUUCUAAGGUUUCAGUAUAGUUACAACGGCUGCCCCACCCUUCAAACCGAAACGCGUUACUGCUUCACGGCAGAAAUAGGCGGGGCGUGGUGGGUACCACCUCUUGUGAGGCUCUACCUGUCUCUGUAGGUUCACCUCACUACUUAUCGAUUAAACAGAGAUCGUCAGUACAGUUGUGGAAAUGCAAUGACUGAUGGGAUUGUAUCACAGGUAAUUUAGGAAUAUUGUGUUCAUUUUUUUUAUAAUAAAUAAAUCUUUGUAAAAAACAAAUUUAUAAAAAAAAUUACUUACUAUACUUACGUUUGGAUUGUAAUAUCUGUCACAGUGUCACAAAUUUUUAAACCGAACCAUAGAUUUUACGGUAGGCAGGGGCUUGGCUCUGCUCCUGGCAUUGCUGACGUCCGUGGGCGACGGUAACCACUCACCAUCGGGUGGGCCGUAUGCUCAUCUGCCUACAAGGGCAAUAAAAAAAGGUGGUUUUUUUUUUUUUAAAUAUGGCGUAUCAUAAUCUUAAAUUCUAUUUAUUGCUCGACUAUUAUGAAAACUACAUGGAGAUAGUAUUGUUAUUGUUAAAAUGAGUUUUGAUGAACUGGAAUACUUUUUUUUUCCAAACUACUUGUCAUGUGUUAUGUUAGGCAAUAAAUGAUCAAUGUUGCGAU